AUGCCAGGGGCAUCUUCAGCAGAUGAGUUUGAAGACCAAAGCUUAAGUGGAAAGAAACCAGGCCGUUUACACACGGAACUGCCGUUUAGGACGCAAUUGAACAUCGAUUCCAUCACUUUACUGGAAAACGUAUCUACUCAACUUUUGAAGCUGCUCAAGACCAGCAAUAUAGAGGUUUUGAUGCAAUUAACGGUUCCAAAUAAUGCAGAUGUAGUUGAAGCGGAGGUCUUUGACACUCUAUUCGAAUUGUUUGUGCAAGUGAAAAAGGUGUAUUCUGAGCUGCCUUUGCUGCGUGUCAGUGAUGUGGCUCCUGGCUUGUGGCUUGCGGACGAGCAAUGCCCUUACGUUUUGAAAUCGAAAGAAAGUUUGAUCCUAGCUGCCAUUCGAAAGGCUAACGUCGCAACCUAUCUUCUUUCAAUUAUGGGCAGGUUACAAUACGGAUUUUCGUUCUUGGACGACAACUUCAUCGAAAUUUUUGCACCCGAAGGACGAGAGCUGCCGUCUGAGGUAGAUCGAGUACUGGCCACCUCACUGGGCAGGCUUUUGAAGCCGCAAGCGGUUUUAUAUCUAAAUCUGAAGACACAGGCAUACAUCUCAGCGAUGGAUCCCUGGAAAGAAUGCAGUGCCGAGGAGCUGGCUCGUACAAAGCAGGAGAUACUGGAUCAAAUAUUCCCUGCGAACAUGAAAGCGUUUUUGUUGACGAAAAAGCGAUUGCGUACCAAUCGGCUUAGUCCCUCCGAGGAGGACUUUAUGACAAGAUGUUCGCACAGAAGAGAAAAGCUAGCAGCGCAUGCAUCAAUCGAGGAGCUGGCCCGCGAAUAUGACUGGAUGGAUUUUUUCAGAGAGAUGUUUUUUUACGUUCAGCGGAAUCUCACUAUGCUGGUCUGGGGACGAAAAAACAAUGAUAAUCUUGAUUGCCUCGAUGAUUCUGAAUCUGGGGCAACUGAUACGAAUGCACGCCCCUUGGCAUCUAACCCACUCCCACAGUCUGUGGAUAGUCCUGUGGGGGCUUCCUCCAGAAGCAGGACGCCUCCAACGCUCACGAAAGAGAGAAGAGUAGACUCUAGGCAUAAACAAAAAAGACUUUGGACCAAACAAGAGGAAGCCGCACUGGUCGAGGCACUCAAAUUCAAUGGACCAGCGUGGUCAAAGAUUCUUGAACUACACGGAGCGGGCGGAAGUCUUUCUGAAGCCUUGAAAAGGCGAACUCAAGUGCAACUAAAAGACAAAGCUCGCAACUGGAAAAUGUAUUUCCUGAAAGGUGGUCAACCAGUUCCCGAUUAUCUGACAAAAGUGACUGGUGAUUUAGAAAGAGAUGAAAGAUCUCGGUUGAGAUUUAGAAAACGUGCUGUUAAGCCGUCGUCAGCCACUUUGAAUAGCGACACUUCAGUGAGCCCGCAUAGCGAGAAGGAACUUCGACAAAUUGCUACAGUAGGCGUACUACAGACAGAGCCAUCAAGGCCAUUAGACAAACUUGAGACUCCAAAUCCAACGCAAACCAAUUUCAAUGGCAUGGCUAGUCCAGAGGUAUAA